AUGGACGUGUCAAUCGAACCUGCCCCUUCGCCCGUGGGGCAGACAUUCCCACCUUCUGCUACACAUUCCCGGAAACGAGCAUUCAGCGAAGUUGACGAGCCGAAUAUCUCCAAGCCGGAUAUACACAAGUAUCAAAAACAUGGUAAUUUAGACGAGCAGGAGAAUAGGAAUCCGCUGGGGCCUGGGCCAAUGUUGAUUGAUAAACCUUCGGUGACGACCACUAUGAAUAUCCCUGUGUCCGCAGCGGUGGAUACCAACACCACCGCUGCUACCUCUACUAAUACAAUUACUCAAAAUACUGGCCGUCAAAAAUCUACACCGACUCCUGGCCAGAUUCCUCAGAAAGAUACGCAGUCACCAGCUCCCUCUACCCCCCAACCACCAUCAAAUGCUGUUCCACUAGCGAGCGCGAACAAAAAGCAGAAACUAUCUCCAAACGCCAAAGAAGCGAAGAGGCUAGAAAAAGAGGAGAAGGACCGCCUUCGGCUUGAGGAGAAGGCCAAAAAGGACGAGGAGAAGCGAGUUCGAGAAGAGGAAAGGAAGAAAAAAGAGGCCGAAAAGGAGGAAGAAAAGAAAAAGCGCGAGGCAGAGCGCGAGGAAAAGAAGAGAGCCAGAGAAGAAGAAAAGCAGGCUAAGGAAGAAGAGAAACGAAAGAAGGAGGAAGAAAAAGAGAAAAAAGCACGAUCUCAAAUGAGAUUGAGCUCUUUCUUUACGAAGCCACCUGCUGACAAGGCCAAAUCUCCUGACCCAUCGGAGUCGUCGCCCCAUAAAAAUUCGACUCGAGAUGUUGCGAAUUCUCCAACUCCUGGGAUAGGCACUGAAACUGUCCGGUCAGACUAUCACAGUGAAUUUCCAGAGUUCUUUAUCCAUGAGAACACACAACUUGCUCCUCCACAUCGAUUUCAGCGCGAUGAAAAUGCAUCGGAACAUAUUCGUGAGAAGCUGGAUGGGUUCUUGAAGCAGACGGACGCACGACCAGUAUAUCGCUCAGCAGAUUUAUUCGACAUGAUCCCAUACCGGCGCCGCAAGGGUAGACACGUUGUGCCUAUUAAGACAAUAAUUCAAAAACUCCAGGACGAGGGCAACGUCGAUGCCUCCAGAGAGUCCAUCCGGCACCUUCUGCGGAAGACGACGAUGAAAAGCCUCAAGUUUGGUGAGGACGUUCGUCCAGCAUAUUACGGCACCUUUACAAAACCUCUCUCUAAUGACCAAGCCACCAAACUCUGCCGCCGUCCAUAUGCACGUACAUUGCCGGAUAUUAAUUACGAUUAUGACUCGGAAGCGGAGUGGGAAGAGCCAGAAGAAGGCGAAGAUUUAGAUUCCGAAGGGGAAGAAGAGAUGAGUGAAGACGGAGAAGACGACAUGGAUGGUUUCUUGGACGAUGAAGAAGAGCAAAUAGAGGGCAGAAGACGUCUUAUUAUCGGCGAUCUUGAGCCUGUCUGCACGGGGAUUAAAUGGGACGGUGACGGUGACAUUGACCCUGCCAUGGAAGCGUAUCGCAUUGAAGCGAUAUCAGAUACGAUGCGAUUCCCUAUCUAUCCCUUUUCCACGGCUUAUUGGCCAAAACCAAAAGCGGUGGAGCAGACUGUCGCUAAAGGACAUACAAUGACGUCUGCUCGGGGUACUCUUCACGCCUUUUCUACAGCCCAAUCCACUCAGAGCCAAACGCCACUUGCAACGGUGGCCCGACCUAGUAUAAGUACCGAAUCGGCUAUCCCAUCGAAGGUUAAGAAGCCAUUCCCUCCUGAGCAGCUUGACGCAUUUAAGGAGGCCGUCGAAGGGAGUGACCUGACAAAGGCCGGGUUGAUUGAGGUAUUGAAGAAACGCUUUCCCAAGAUAUCAAAAGAUGUUUUGAAGGAAACUCUCAAUUUAGUUGCUGUUCGUGUUGGACAGAAAGAAGCAGACAAGAAAUGGGUGUGCAAAUGA